CGCCAGAACAAGUACGCCUGCGACUUUGAAGGCUGCACCAAGUCUUACUCGCGUCCUGUCCGUCUCCAAGAACACAAGCGCUCUCACACCAACGAUCGCCCCUUUGCUUGUCCUCAGCAAGGCUGCGACAAGACUUUCCUGCGCGAGAGUCACCUGAAGCACCACAUCAAAGCCAAACACGACGAUGUUCGAGACUAUGUCUGUGAUUGGCCGGACUGCGACAAAGGCUUCCAUACAGCCCAGCGCUUGAAACAACACAAGAAGACGCACGAAAAUACAAAGCCCGAAUUCCUCUGCACAGGCUUCCCUCCCUGCAACCAAAACUUCCGCAAGCAAGAAACUCUUGACAGACACAUCCAACUCGUUCAUCUGCACGAGAAACCUUUCACCUGCGACCAAAUCGACCGUUUCACUGGCCUGCCAUGCGAUGCUCGCUUCAAGACGUCCACCCACCUCAUCGCUCACAAGGAUCGCGAGCACAGCGGCAAUCGUUUCUGGUGUAAAAUAUGCUCCCCCGAAAUGGAUGGCAUCGACCCGACCCUAAACCAAGACGCUUUUGUCAAUGCGGUUGGCUUCCCUACAUACAUCGAGAUGCAGCAACACAUCAAAACCGUUCACCCUCCUACCUGCUCGCAGUGUGGUCACAUUUGCGCCUCGAACCGCGAUCUAAAGGCACAUCUUGAGAUCCAGCACGGUGAUAUUGAAGAUCGCCGCAACUACGUCUGCGAUCAUCCUGGUUGCGGUCGUGGCUUUACCAAGAAGGGCAAUCUCGUCGUUCACCAAAGAAGCGUUCAUGCAAAGCAAAAGCAAUUCAUCUGUGGAGAGACCGAUAUAACUGGCUCGAAGCGUGUUCCCACCUGGGAUGGCCGCGGUGCUUGCGGUCGUGCGUUCAGUGCAAAAGCGAAUCUCGAAGAGCACGUCCGCACUCAACACCUGCACCUUCCUGGCUACGUUCGUCCAGGAAAGAGAACCAAGCAAGAGGUUGAUGAUUCUUUCGACGGAUUCCCACCCGAGGACCACAACACCGUGCUUGCCAGACUCACUGGAGUCGGCUACGAACACGGAAGAGACAUUGUCUGCAUAGACGAAACUUGUCCGCAUCGCUUCUUCAAGCCUUUCGAUCUCGAGGUCCAUCUUGAGAUUGUCCAUGGUUACACCAAAACUGAGGCCAUCGAAGCCACUGUCGAGCGCGAAGCCUUGUCUGGUGGUCAGUUCUGGCUUGGUGGAGUUCAGCCAGAU